UUCAGGCCCCUCAUCAUUCAAUAGAAGGUCGACUGGAGUUAGACCCCCAGAGGAUGCGUCGAUCACGCCAACUACGCUAGACGAGCCCGUAAAGCAGUCGUUGUUGCCUCCGUUAGACAGUCUACUUGCUUAUGUACAAUAUCAACUCUCAGGGCUAGACCCUUCACAGACUCUGUUAGAAGGGGCCAUCUUAAGAGCUCUUUCUGGAAACGUCCCUCUGCCACCGUCUGCUUCCCUAUCCUCUGCCCUCACUGCGUGUACACCUUCUCCUAGUUACCCAUUCCCUCCGGCGCCUCUGCCACCAGGUUCGUCCCCACCCGACCAUCGUCUGAUGAGCAGGCCAGCCUGCUACGCUAACCAAGUCUGUAGCCCUAUCGAGGCAUGUGGUCAAGUGUUCAGGGCAGGCCUGCGCUCGAACUCAGGGCCUGCGUCGUUCGGAGUGAUCGAGUCCUUUUCUCUGCCCUCACUGGUUGGCAUAGGUGGUGCAGCCGAGACGGACAAACCAUUCUACAGAAUGAAGGGCUUUGGAUGCGAGAAGAUUCCUCUUCUGACGGAGCCGGAGAAUGGUGAAACAGUCGAUGGUAGCCACAACUUAGAGGCAGGCUGGAGCAAGGCGAUGAUGCCCUGGGCGUCGCAAGCCAGUCUGCUUUGGUCAGCGUUGUGUGAUGAGCCCACCGGUGGGAACCAGAUGUGGCGUGAGGCUCUGCUGGCCCCAGGCAUUCCAAAGGGUAUGCCGUCAAAAUUGGCCUUACAACCUGCAAACAGGCUUUUGGCCGGUUGCCAGUGUCCAGGACAAGAGGCCGUCGGAUCGGAACUGAAGAAUUUUCUCCGUCCUAAAGAGACUCCACCCGGGUCUAGCCUCCCACAUCAGCUUCCGUUACCAUUAUCAAUGUCACUUGCACAUCCAUUGGCCUAUAUAACUCCAGCUUUACCAGCCUCCUCCCCAUCGGCUCCUUGUACUUCGCCAUCCGCCGCGGCAGCCCUCCUCCUCAACGUCAUGGCAACUGGGGUUACGGGAAUUGGGCCCUCAGCCAUGACAACACCAAUGAGUUCGCUCCCUCUCGCACCCACAGACCCGACAAUUCCCUGUGCCUCUUCCAUUACAACUGCCAGAGUUUCGUGCCUACCUCCCCUCCUGUCCGAACAAUCGCUUACGAAACUCGAGCAAAGGACAUUGUUGGUCCCCAGACAUGACAUAGAAUUGGCACCAGAAGUCACAACAAAUCCAGAACGAGGAUAUGGUUUUGGUCAGGGCUAG